GCGGCUGGCUGCUGCCUCCCCUGACCUCCCCGCCCGCCCCUUUUAAAGCUGGACUGCUCGCUUCCGCUUCGGGUCCUCGGCUGCUGCUAGGGUUUCGUCUCGAGGAGAAGGCCGGGCGAAGCUCCCAGAGCUCCCUACACCCGUCCCGCGUUCGAGGCUAGGUAGCCGCCAUGAGCCGAUCGGGGCAGCCUCCGGAUCUCAAGAAGUACAUGGACAAGAAGCUUCAGAUCAAGCUGAAUGCAAACCGUGUUGUUAUUGGCACACUCCGAGGAUUUGAUCAGUUCAUGAAUCUGGUGGUGGAUAACACUGUUGAGGUCAAUGGAAAUGACAAGACUGAUAUUGGAAUGGUGGUUAUCAGGGGAAAUAGUGUUGUCAUGAUCGAGGCGCUGGAGCCUGUUGCCAAGUCUCAGUGAAGUGAAUCAUCACUCAGCUUCAGUAGAUGUAGCCCCUGCUGCUUGAAUACUGAUGUAAAUGUUAUCAGUCCUGUUGUACGUUGACAAUAUUUGCACAGCAAUAUAACUUUGGACGUGAAAAGUUUAGCCCUGUUCCGCCGUUUGUACUCCUUGAUUGUGAUUAUGUAAUUCUUCUGCCAUUGCUUAUGAUAAAUUCAAUUUAACUCAGCUUGUU